AUGCAACGUGUAGUCACGUAUGACGUUCCCGAAGGCCUUAGUUGUCUGAGCGUAUCUGCCGCUAACGAUGAUCUGGAGCUCACGCCACCAAUCCGAAUCCGAAGACCGGCUCCAAGUUCACUUCCUGCGUCCCCUCAAGGUUUCCUUGUAUAUCUGGAUGCAACCCCGCUGAGGCUGGGUACGGAACUCGGGGUAGCAGGUCGUGCGAUGCGUUGCGCAGCAGCAACCACAGGACGCCUUUUGGUAAAGCCUGGGCCGUUCGUGCAAGUUUUCUUGUCUGAGCACAGGAAGCGUGUGAACAAGUUGGGAAUUUGCAUUGGCUUUGGUCCUUCGCAAGGGAGCCGCUUGGAGUGGAAAGCGAGUCUCCACGGUUCGAAGGCUCCAUGUAGGAGAUUGGGGAAAUCUAUCCCACUUGACGGAUGAAGGAUCACAGCAAGGGAGAGCUUCAAAGAUCCUUCAUAAUCUGCCAGCAUCAGACGUGGACUACGGGGGAUAAAAAAUGAAGAAUGUGAGAGUUCAACCCCCCCUGAAAGGCUGCCCACGCCAGUCUUGGAGGAGAGCGCCGGAUUGCCUUCCAUGUGUCGUUCUGAAAGAGAAUGGACACCCUGAAUUUGAGGUCCGCUUUUGGGGGUCCAUUUGCUCCGAGUCUAGACGAGGAGAGAGCUCAGUUGCUUGGCUUGUGCUUACUUGGACGGUAGCGUUGGAUCAGAAGAGACCACCGCAGGGCCAGGGACUGUUGACAUCUUCUGGCGUAUCGAGACUGUUGGAUAAUAGCAAGGUGAAAGACAUUGCCACUUUGAACGCGUUUGCG